CGCCGUAAAAAUAGUGCCUAGCCGAAAAUCCGGCCAGCCGAAAAUCCGGCCCGAUUUUCGUGCCAAGAUCAGCCUGGUCCAAAUUUACGUCUGGAAGUUCUGUUUAUUUUCAACUUUGCGUUAUUUUUCUUCAGUUAUGGAACUACGGGUUUUGUCGAAUACAUCGCCAGCAUUUGUUGUCUUAUUUUGUUUGUUAGUUUGCAUGAUCUUUCCAAAUGCAUUGCCCUCAGACUCAGAGAAAGACACAUCAGCAAAAAAGACAGCAGACGACGAUGAACAUGAUGAACAUGAUGAACAUGAAAACAAAAUGAACUUGAAGUUUCAAGAGAAGCCGAUGCGUGCUUUCACUGAUGAAGACCUGUCAGUCUAUGAUGGAUCUUUUGAAGGUAGGCCAAUUUACUUGGCUGUGAAAGGUGUUGUCUUUGAUGUAACAUCAGGGAAGGAAUUCUAUGGGAAAGGAGCCACAUACAAUCCUCUGGCGGGCAAGGACUGCACAAGAGCAGUUGCUAAGAUGUCACUGGACCCUCAAGACCUUACUGCAGAUGUUACUGGCCUCUCCAAAGAAGAACUCGACUCGCUGGAUAAAGUCUUCAGGGAGGUGUACAUGGCCAAAUACCCUGUUGUGGGUCAUAUGUCAUUUACAGCUGUGGACAUGGAUGCAGAGCCACUAUACAGGACGGAAUUAUAACGUACACUUCCCAACUGGCUGGUUUCCCAGGGAAGUAGUCGAGUCUAUCACAAGUCCCUGCAAGUGCCUGCAAGUCCAUCAUCUCAACUCCUCCAGUCCCAAUUCAAAUAAGGCAAAAAAAAAUAAUAGUUCUUCUUCAGGUUUCCCUACCUACCCUAUUCUGACAGCCCCUACCCUAAUU